GUGAUUGAGGUCAAGGCGCCGAAGAAAGGGAAGAAAGGGGGACCCGAACCGGACCCGCUGCUGCAGCUCACCUUCGUGGCGCUGCAGGAAGGCAAGUGCGUGAUCUUCGCGGACGUGAGCUGGGAAGAUCAGGAAGAGAAGCUGUGUCUGACCCACAAGCUCCUGGCCCCAGUUGCCAAGAAUACGGUGGCCAGGAUCGGGCCUAUUGAGGCGGAGAUACAGAAAGCUGUCGGCGGCAAGGGGGACAAGGGUGCGCUCCAGUGGUGGACUGGCGACAAGUGGGCAGGCAAGAAGAAGAAACUUAAGAAGUGA